AUGGCUUGCAUCAGUGACGCCAAGUUCGGCUUCUGCGGCUAUUCCAACUCUGAGGGAUGCAGCUAUGCCAACAUGUACAAGGCAUGCGACGAGAAGACACUUCUUUCAUCCUCUUCCUUGCUUCCAGGAGGCCCAGAAUCCACCGAGACAGCCCCUUCUAUUACCUUCACAACUAUUCAACUCCCAACCAUCACUCGCACACGGAAGCUGGCCACCAAGUCCACUAUUGUCAUUCACACCGUUACGCCAGGUGGUGGAGCCUCUAACACCCCAUGCAACUCGGAUUAUGACACGCCCCCCGCCACUCUGACUGAAGUCACUCCUUCCAGCCGCACCAUUGUCGUUCAGACCGUGGUCGUCCAUGUGCCGCCGAAGAGUGCCAGUGUAUCUGGAUUGCAGUCGUACGGCAGCGUGCAGCUGAACCCUACCGUGGCCACUGUACCGCCAGCCGAUACGCCUGUCAUGGCUUCGCAACCAACUUCAGGCAGUCUCAGCCUUACCAACCUGGUCCCGUACGACCCUAUUCCAGGGGUUAAUGUUCCAACCAACACCACCAUUCUUGUUGUCACCUCCACUCCUGAAGAGCCCAUGUUCCAAACACUGAUCAUGCCGGACGACCCUUCUGCGAUAACCGCUACAUUCACCCCUGCCGUUGUCACGAAGAGCCCGGCCCUUCGCACCAAACUUGACGCCGGCGGCGCUGCAGGCGUCGUGGCUGCUUUCCUAAUCGCUGCGGGUAUUUGA